ACGAAAUCGGUCCGUACUACACUACACCAACAACAAUUGACGGCGUGCAACGUACAUCAUUCCCCCUCAGUUCCUCUACGAACGAAGCUGGAGACGGAUGAAGCUCGAACAAUAAAACACCCAGACGAUACCACCGUUCCCAUCGACCAGCGUCGUCAUCAACUUUCAAAGUCACGAACCGGUCAGCAAGCCAUUCGGCGUCCCUUUAUCGCCAGUCACGCUCUACUCUCCGCCUCAUCACGUCAUGGCGCCCACGUCAUAUAACAAGCAGAACGCCGAGGACGAUGCUCGCGGUAUCCGUGCCUUCAGCCGCCGCCAGCUCGACCGCGUCAUCAGCCCCUCCACGCGCCAGAACCUCUACGCCGCGACGCUCGACUUUGCUCAAGAGCGUCCUCUCUUCUUCGCCUUCCUUCUCUUCCAACUUCUCUUCUCCUUCCUCCCUCUCGUAACCUUCGCCGUCUUUGCGCUCUCGCUCGCGACCCUGGCCCUCGGCGCCGCUAUCGUAUUCUCGCUCUUCUGGAUCGGCAUCGCCCUGCUUGUCCUCGUGCCCACCCUGUUCCUGACCUCGUCCAUCGGGCUUCUUGUCUGGGUCUGGGCUGCAGGGAGUUUCGUGGUCGCUAAGAGGCUUUGGGCGCUCGCGUCACAUUCUCCUGCCGAUCACGGCUACGACGGGGCGUUCAUGAAGGGGACGAAUGAGAAGAUUGGGGCCAAUGGAAACAAGGAGGCAGGCGAGAAGAAUGGGGAGAAGUCUUCGGCGGUUGUCGUGAAGGAGGAGGAAGAGGACUGACUCUUGAAGAAAUGAGGUUUUAAAUUUCUUUCGUCCCCCUCCCUUCUUUUACCUACAUCCUCGGGAGACACGGAUUGGCGAUGUUCGGACAUGGGCGGAUGAGCAUGCAAAAGCGGUCAUCGGACUAAAACGACAGUAUGGAUAAUCUCGACGACAGAAUGAAUGAUUAUUGGGGGUUUUUCUUUCUGAUUCUGGUACAGUUAUGGGGGAAUCUCGGGAUACAGCAAGAACUUAUGUGUAAACACGAAGGUUCGGGAAUGGGUUAGGAGUUGUGGAUUAGGUAUUACUUUUCCUUAGCUUCAACCUGCAUGACUUUGACCACCAAUUUGCUCAGUUUCGCGGUCGUAAUCGGCAUCAUUUUGGAAGCGACGCGU